AUGCAGUCCUCAGCCCAGAGAACGCAAUACCCCUACGGAGAGUCGGAUCAACAAACCUCUCCCCGACCCUCAGUGUCUGGUAGUACCGACACUUCCAUGUCUUCCCAGCAGUCUGGUCGCAGUUCGUCUGCCUCGUCCCGGACACAGUCAAGCAAGAAUCCCGUAAGUGCGAAAUUCGAGUCAAUCUGCACUCCCGUAGCUAAUUGUGCGAUCUCCCCCACGCAGCCUGAUAAGCAGAUCUCUCAAAUCGAAAAGAGUGUGACACAUCUCUUGGUCGCGACCAAGCAGCUCCUGGAGACACUUACCCAGUGGUCCCGUAAACAGGCCACAGAGAACGACGUCUCAGAUGUGUAUGUACGACUGGGAUAUGAAUUCAACCUUGCCUGCCGGGCCUUCAGUGCAAUCGGAGUCGACACCUCGGACCUGGGCCCAGUGCCGGACCUGCUGCGCACAAUCCUCGAAGACACACUCAGCCAGGAUGCAUCGGCUGCAAGCCUCGAUCGAUACCUCCCUCGAAUCCGCGACAUAAUCAUAAACCUGCUUCACGGGCUGAAGAAGAAGCAGGCCCGGUUACGCUCGCGACACCAGCGUGAGGAUGGUCGGCCCGCGCCAGGACGCAAUGCCAGCGCCGGAAGCAUUGCCAGUGGGCAAGCAAUCGGCCAAUUAUAUGACGAGGCUGCUGCUUCUACUAUGCCAUCAACCGCCCAGUCCCCUCGGAGAUCAAGUAAUCGGAGAUUCGGUAGCAAUGGAUCCUUGGAGGAUCAACCUCCGACUGCACGAACCUCCUCGGCACCUUCAUCCAAUGAUCCUCGAUCAUCAAACCACAGCGAACGAGAAUCAUCCCGCCGCGAGGCACAACAGCUAUUGUCUCAAACCCCCACAGAUAACGACACAACACCCCGAGCCAACACAUCCAAUAAUACUGCACCCUCCACAUACACUACACCGGCUGGAUUUCCAGCACCUCCACCUCCCCCGCCACCUAAAGAAGACGAUGCGCUCGGGGCCUUGCAAAGGAGCGGAGAACUUGAGCGGCGUGCCUCUCGUCGAUUCUCUGCCUAUCAAAUCCAAAAGCACCUGGGGACUUCUACCAAUGGUGUUCCUGUUCUACCUACCCAAAAUUCCCCCAUCCCGAAUCGCGGUCGUGACGUUCGCGAAUCCUUGAAUGCAGUCCGUCUGCGCGGCUCUUAUAACCAUUCGAGACAGAAGUCCACUAAUCGCGUACAAGACGCCGGCAAGACGACUCAAGCUCAACCACCUACAAAUAUCCCGAACGUUGUGGAGGAAGAGCGCACCCCACCCGUUAAGGCCGCCUCACCCGCCCCGACGCCUGCAGUUAGCCUUGAAGCCGAGGCACCCGUCGACAAAGUCGACCCGGAGGAGGCUGCUAUUGUUCCUCCCCCUAUCAAUACCCCAUCCCAAGAAAAACUAGGGCUCGAAGACGCCUUUGAACCUGCGAAGGCCGCACCACGGACCCCGAAGACAAGUUCCUUUGGUCCCACCGCUCAGAUCGCAACUCCCCCUCGCAAAAUCAAGAAGUAUGUGCUGCCGGACGGUAUCGCAGACCUUACCAUCGGACGUCUCCAAUUGGCUUUUAUUGAAAAGUUCGCCUGGAACACCCACGACAACGGAGUUGAUUUACCCGAGAUUUACAUCCAAGACCCGAUCUCAGGCAUCCGACACGAGUUGGAGGAUCUUUCAGAUGUCAAAGAUCGAUGCGUUUUGGUUCUGAAUGUCGACAACCUUGAUGAAGUCAAGAAGCACUUCGAUGAUGGCCUUGGUGGCGUGCGCCAGCUCGUUGAAGGCCUCAAAGAUGUUAUUACUGGUCAAGGAAGUGCUAUCCAGCGGGUCUCUGAUCGUCAGGUAGAGGCUGCCAAGGAGAUUGCUCGUUUAGCGGCAGCUCCCCCUGCCACCAGUGCCGCGUCUGGAUCUGGCUCUAAGGCAUUGAUUGCCGGAGACGGAGCCCAACUCGCAGAAAUCCAGAGCCUGCGCCGAGACCUGGCUGUUCUGCGACAGACAUACUCCAACUUCACCGCCGACAUCAAGGGCUCCAUGAGCGCAGUCCGCACAAAGGCAAGCAAGGUCAAGACUGCCGCUGACGAUGUAGCCACACCCUCAUACGAAGGCGAUGCAGGCCGCGCUCGUGUCAACACCGGCAAAAAGGAACUUGCAGGCGAGUCAGAGCGACUCGUCGCCCGCGUUGACGAUCUCCAAGAUUUGGUUGAGGAUCUCCGGAAGGAUGUUGUCACUCGCGGUGUCCGUCCCCUACCCAGACAACUUGAGGGUGUCAGCCGUGAUAUCAGCACUGUGAUGAAGGAAAUCAAGAAAAUGCAGGACUUCCUUGGCCGCGAGAAGCCUAUCUGGACCAAGAUCUGGGAGAAGGAAUUGCAGCUGGUUUGCGAAGAGCGAGACCAGCUCACUAUGCAGGAAGAUCUGGCCGCUGAUUUGCAAGACGAUCUUGAGAAAGCUACCCAGACCUUCGCUCUUGUGGAGCAAGCUACCAAGGAACAGGUUAUGUCUAAUAGCACCGGUUCCGCCGGCCCUGCUGCUGUUCGCGCCACCUCCCGUAGCCUUGGCAUUGACCCUACCCUUGAUCCUAUGAAGGCGAAGGAUGGUGUGCUUGGCGAAGUGCGCGCAUUGCAGCCAAACCACGAAAGCCGUGUCGAGGCCAUCGAGCGAGCCGAGAAGGCACGCAAGAAGGAGCUCGAGACCCGACGGAACAACCUGUUCCAGAAGGAGCUUGGCGCAUUUGUUGAAGAGGGCAAGUUGAAGAAGAGUGGAGGAUUUGAAGAGACAGAGCGCCUCCGAACUGCCAAGGAUGAACGUAUCCGCAAAGAAGUUUGGGAUAGGCAGCAGGCUCGCAAUGCUGAGAUGGAGAGGGCCGAGGCUGAAGCAGCCGCAGCCGCAGCCGCAGAGGCCCAGGAAAAUGCCGAUGGCGAAGACGGCGAUAACCACGGCGACGGCGACAGUAACAAGGAAGCCGACGAGACAGAACAUACGCCUGAGAAGCCUGAUGAGCCAGAGGAGACCGAAGGUCAUGCGGAGGAGCCCAAGUCGCCGUCCUCACCUACCGAUAAGCCUCUUCCUGCAGCCCCGGAAGAAGCCGACGAGCCCACUGAGAAGCCUCUCUCUCCGGCUUUGAUCUAA